CGCGCAAGGCUCAAAAAGAGACGACGUCCAGCAGCAGCAGCAGGCUGCCCUGUCAGUCACCAGCCUUCUUUUAUUUUACCUGUUUUGGUGAGAGUAUCUAGAACCAGUUCAACUGGCAUCUACACCGGACACGCAAACAAAGCAGCAGUCAUGGACAAGGUCGACAUGUCAUUAGAUGAUAUUAUUCGUCUCAACAAAAAAGAGCAAAAACUGAACAAAAAACAGGGGACCGUGAACCGCAGACCAGUCAAGAAGAAAGGCCGUUUAAUGCAAGGGAAAGGUGUCAAGUCCAGAACUGCAGCUCUCACCACUCAGAGGGGAGUUGGCUUGUCUCAGAGAGGGGGCCAUAAACUCAACAGAAAGAUGCCGAACCUCCCAGCGCGGAGACGGGGGCAGGCCCCGGGGGUCGUUACAGGGUUGGCAUCCCGCAGGACCGGGGCGCUGCUUAAACGAUUGGGAACGAUCAACAGAACAGCUGCAGGAUCACAAGGGAAACGAGGUUUCUUAACAAGGGCAAAAACAAAACCUUUUACCCAAAACACUGCUAGUACAAACCAGUACAGGAAACCAGAGGGGCCAAGGAAGACCUACAGGCAACCAGAACAACAAAGGAGUCCGAAUCCCUCUACAGUCAAAAGACCUUUUCAGCUUAGACGGAGACCCUUGCCUUCGCUCCAGACUCAGAAGGAUGCACGUCAAGCCACAUUUCUAUUUCACAGAGGACUCAAGAUUCAAGCUCAAGUCCAAAAACCAAAUCCUCCAGUCAGGAGUAGACAGUGGCGUACAUCCACCAAUAACGGAAUACUGACAGUAUCCAUUGACAAUCCGUCUGCCAGAACUCAACCAGAGCCUCCCACAGCCUACACACUUCACCCCCCUGCUGUGAGAACUGCCCCAGUCAAACUCGAGACAGUGGAAAAAAAGAUCCCCAAAGGAGUGGCCCUGCAGUUUGACAUCAACAGUGUUGCAAAGCCAACAUCUAUGACUUUAAAUGAGCGCUUCCGGAUCCUUAAGGACCAGCGCACGGCUAAAGCACAGCACGCUAAAGGCAAUCGUUUUGUGACCGUAGGCUGAUUGACCAUUUCAGCCAAAGCCUUUCUUCAGACUGACACUCAGUGACCCAGCCUCCAACAGACUCUUCAAAUAGCACAGUGUGACUCGUAGACUUGAUCAGAGUCUUGAACAGUGCAAUUGUCAGUGUCGUUCUCACCUCUUUGUCUUGUGGAUGUUGAGUUACCAAGGGACCCUCCCAACACUAAAGACGCUGUUAAUGGCUGUUAAUGGAUUUUUGUGGGUCCUAUUUUUAUGGAAAUUAUAAAUUGUUUUAUACAUUUCA